AUUUCAAGAAAGUCUGUUAAGUACCUUUUCCUUUCUCCCUCCUGAAUCACAUUCCUUUCUUUGAACUCACGAACAUGGCACCACAUCUUUCUCCGUUUUUAUCGCUGUAUUUCUUAAAAAGAUUCAAUUUUUAAAUCACAAAAUACAUACUUAGAUACUUCUAAACCAAAAAAAAAGACAAAUCAAACAAGCAUGAAAAACCCCACUUCAGUUUUUUCUUCUUCACUUUAUAUAUGUUAUAAUAUGAAUCUUUUUGCAUAUCUUGUUUAAUAAUCAAAUACCCUUUUGCCUUAUGUUUAAAUAUCUCUGUUCAGUUUGUAAUCAAGACUCAGUUUUUAUCCUUAUAAUAUGAAUCUUUUUGCAUAUCUUGUUUAAUAAUCAAAUACCCUUUUGCCUUAUAUUUCAAUAUUUUUGUUCAGUUUGUAUCUAAGUCUCAUUUUUUUUUUGUAUCAUUAUAAUCUGAAUCUGAUUCAAUACCUUUUUGGCUUUUGUUUUCAAUUUUUUCUUGUUCACUUUCUGUAAAGACUCAGUUUUUUUUUUUUUUGUUUGAGUUUGUAUCAAGACUCAUUUUUUAUCCUUAUAACCUGGAUCUUUUUGCAUAUCUUGUUUAGUAAUCCAACACCCUUUUGGCUUUUCUUUUCAAUUUUUUCUUGUUCACUUUGCAUCAAGACUCAAUUUUUUAUGUUCACUUUGUAUCAAGACUCAUUUUAUAUCCUUAUAAUCUGAAUCUUUUUGCAUAUUUUGUAUAACAAUCUAGUACCCUUUUGCCUUUUGUUUCAAUUUUUUUUCUCUUCUUGUUGUUGUUGUCUCUAUCAAAGACUCAAUUUUUAUGUUCACUUUGUAUCAAGACUCAUUUUAUAUCCUUAUAAUCUGAAUCUUUUUGCAUAUCUUGUAUAACAAUCUAGUACCCUUUUGCCUUUUGUUUCAAUUUUUUUUUUCUUGUUGUUGUUGUUGUCUCUAUCAAAGACUCAAUUUUUUAUGUUCACUUUGUAUCAAGACUCAUUUUAUAUUCUUAUAAUCUGAAUCUUUUUGCAUAUCUUGUGUAACAAUCCAGUACCCUUUUGCUUUCUGUUUCAAUUUUUUUUUUCUUGUUGUUGUUGUAAUUGUCUCUAUCAAGGACUCAAUCUUUUUUGUUCACUUUGUAUCAAGUCUCAUUUUUUAUCCUUAAUCUUUUUGCAUAUCUUGUUUAAUGAUCCAAUACCCCUUUUAUACUUUCAUGAGGCUAUUUCACUCUACUCCUUUUUAUUUUGUUUCACUUUCUAUCAAGACUUAAUUUUUAAUCUUAUAAUCUGAAUCUAUUUGCAUAAUCUUGUUUAAUGAUCCAAUACCCCUUUGGCUUUUGUUUCAUCUUUAUGCUUUGAUGAGGUUGCUUCGACGAUGUACGAGGAUUUUUAUCCUCUCUUUGCUUGCUAUUUCAGUCUUCACUCCUGUGUUCUUGCUUUCCUUUAGGCUCAAACACCUUAACUCUGAUGCAUCGCGAGACUUUGUUGAAGAUUUAUCGAUUCUUAAGCACAGAAUAGAUGCUCAGGGGAAUAGUGCAGUUCAACAGGAAAAAGUUGAAGGCCUAAAAGGACCACACUUGGUUGUAUACAGAGAUGAGAAUGAUAGGCUUGACAAAGCAGAGAAUGUUAACUUACAGCAAAAUAACGGGACCACAUAUCGCGGAGAAGAAAAAACUCAACGAAAUCUAUCUGAGCAAAAAGUGUCCUCAUUUAGAGAAAAGGAAAAGUCCAGACCAAAAGGGGUUCAACACAGUCGGAGCAUACAAUCACAUUCGCGGAGGCCAUUAGAUGAGAAAGUAAAAGAGAUGAAAGAUAAAGUGAUAAGGGCCAAAGCGUACUUGAGUUUUGCACCACCAGGUAGCAAUUCUCAUUUUGUGAAGGAGAUAAAGCUACGAAUUAAAGAGCUAGAACGAGCUAUGGGCGAUGUCACUAAAGAUUCUAGUUUGUCAAGGAGGGCCAUACAGAAGAUGAAAGCCAUGGACGGGACCCUGCUGAAAGCUGGCCGAAUAUACCCUGGUGGCUCAGCUAUGGUGAAUACACUACGUACCAUGACUUAUAAUGCUGAAGAACAGCUUCGAUCACAAAGGGUUCAAACUUCCUUCCUUGUACAGCUCGCUGCAAGAACUACACCAAAAGGCCUUCAUUGCCUUUCCAUGCGGUUGACCACAGAAUAUUUCGCCCUGCAGCCUGAGGAGCGGGAACUUCCUAACCAACAUAAACUGCAGGAUCCCGAUCUCUAUCACUUUGCUGUUUUCUCAGACAAUGUUUUGACGUGUUCCGUGGUUGUCAAUUCAACUGUUUCAACUGCUAGGAAAAGUCAUUUAACUAUGCGUAUAGCACUCAGAAGGUCACUCAACCGGCGAAAUACCUAUUCCAUGUCAAUGUGGUUCUUGAUGAAUCCUCCUGGAAAAGCAAUAGUUCAAAUCCAGAGCAUAGACAGUUUUGAGUGGUUAUCAUCCAAAUACAAAGAGGAUCAGCAGAAGAAGCGAAAGGGCCUUGAUCCAAGAUACACUUCUGCACUGAACCACUUGCGCUUUUAUCUGCCUGAUAUUUUUCCUUCCGUGAACAAGAUUGUGUUCCUCGACCACGAUGUGGUUGUGCAAAAGGAUCUAACCAGACUUUUUCACGUCAACAUUAAGGGUAAAGUGAACGGUGCAGUGGAGACUUGUGUGGAAGGUGAGCCUUCAUUCCGCCGAAUGGAUAUGUUCAUCAAUUUCACAGACCCCAUGGUGGCUACAAGGUUCGAUAGAAACACAUGCACUUGGGCAUUCGGGAUGAAUAUAUUUGAUCUGAAGGAGUGGAGGAAGCAAAACUUAACUGCCCUCUAUCACAAGUACUUGGAAUUGGGAAGUGAGAGACCAUUAAUAAAAGCUGGUAGUUUGCCGAUUGGUUGGAUGACUUUUUACAAAUAUACACAUGCUCUAGACAGGAGAUGGCAUCUCCUCGGACUGGGGUAUGACUCGGGUGUCGCACGAGCCGAAAUCGAGCAGGCAGCAGUGGUUCAUUAUGAUGGAGUUAUGAAACCAUGGUUAGACAUUGGGAUCCAAAAGUACAAGCCAUAUUGGAAAAAACAUGUUAGCUACGAACAUCCGUUUAUGCAACAAUGCAAUAUACAAGCGUAGCGUUUCUUGCGUAAAUAGAGGUUUUCGCCCCCGGUUUUAUUGUACCACUGGCACUCAAGGUCUAGAAUUCGAGAUAGAAAGAAGAUAGGUUGGUGCACCGUUAUGUGUAGCUCGAGUUUUUCCACUUCACCGGCAUUGUUAUUGGAACCACUUAAGGUAUAUUGAUCCAUUAUUCUUCCUUUGUAAAGUUCAGCUCCUCUUGUUGUCCAUUUUUUCUCCCCUUGAAAACUUGCCUGUAUAUUUCUCAACAUUAAUGGUUAAUGUUAAAGAUAGCCUUACAGCAAA